GUCUAAAGGCAGAUGAUUUAGAACGAACGUAACUGUUAUAAUGUCAUUUUAGCAGAUCCAUUUUUGCAGCAGUAGCAGACGAUUAAAUCACCCGGAAGAAUUGACUCUGAGCGCAGCCAGGUUGCAGGAACGCCUUGAAGCUCGGCCUAGUUGUAGCAGUAGUGGUUCCACUGUUGGUGUGUUCCUGCCGUCCGGUUCGAUUAUACAUCUUCAGCAAACAAAUAUUCACAGCUUAACUGAAAUUUUAUGCAAGGUUUGUGAAGAGCUGAAGCUUGAUCCGGAAAAGUACUACAUCAUGAAAGAUAAUAUGAACCGAGUUCGGCUUCUGGAACGAGAUUAUCGAAUCGAGAAAACUGGGCGCAGCUUGGGUUUAACAAUUUGUGCCAAGACGUGUGAUGGAGGAGGCGUCAAGGUUAAGAAUGAUAUUUCAUUACGUACUUUGCAUAUAUGCAAAUGCAAAAACUCGUAUUAUAACUAUCCAUGGUGUGUGUGUUGUGUAUGUUUGUGUAUGUAUGUUUGUCCCGAUAUGUCAACUCGGUAACC